AUGGCUUCUCUGCAAGUGUCCCUGAUAUGGUUCAUAUAUGGCACUGUGAUAGCCGUUGCGAGCUUGAUAGCUUGGUGCCUAGUACAUUUCUAUCAAACCCCUCGAGAUCGAUCGCAGGUUGUGACCUUAACGUGUAUUCUUACUAUCGCGAGUCUUCUUGCGACCGUACUUUUACUGCCGGUUGACGUCGCUUUGGUCUCUUCAGCCACCUCCUCGACGCUGGGCAAGAGGGAAAGUUGGGCCACCCAGAAUGUUGUCGACAAGGACCUGUCUCUUUUGACCGGUAUAUACUACUUACUCUAUUCUCUCGACGCCAUCCUAUGCCUCCUGGUUAUUCCCUUUGUUUACUUCUGGUAUGAAGAAUAUGAUGAGGUGGCUAGUGAGGCAGGUGAACAAACCCCGGUACAACGACUCUGGGCUGCCUUCAAGUAUGCUAUUCCGUUUGUUGCAAUCGUCGCAGUGCUACUUCUGGUCGGCGCUCUCGCUCCUUUAUCCAAAGCCGAGUAUGACAAUGAAGGUGUAUAUUCUACUUACUCGUUGGUUGACAACCGAGGCCGACGAGCCCUAGCAUUCACUAUUGGGGUACUAAUGACGAUCGGAGUGCCUUCUUACAUCUUGUACACUUCCGCCGGUCUCGCACUCCUUCCUAUACAGGCAUUGAAGGCUCUAUCGGCCUCGAACGAUACAUGGAAAGCCGCCAAUGCCGUGCAACUUGAGUCAAACAGAGAGCGUCAACGCCAGUUGGAUCGCCGCUGUGGAGGAAACUCGGGACUUUUGUCCUCCAAAGAUCGUAGAGAACUGGAUACACUUGUUCGAGAGGAGAGGACAUUAAUCCGGCGCCAACGCCUUGCAGAGGAAGCUCACGCAGAGGGUCGAAACUGGGUGGUUAAAUUAUGUCUAAAAGCCAAUGCUACAUGCCGCCCACUGAGGGUUAUUGGCGGUAUCACCUUAUUUCUAAUCGCGUCGCUUAUAUCGAUAUCUAUGCUAUUGACAGCUAUCGAUCAGACCAGCAGCUCACUCUGCAAGCACCAUUGUGGGUACCUCAGCAAAAACCUGCACAUAUUCAAUCCGAUGGAUCAAAUCUUUGUUCAAUCUGCGAAGAUCUUCCCACUCGACUACCUUAUGUUCACCAUAAUCACUCUACUACUAUUCUGCAGCUCAGUAUUUGGAAUUGCUACAAUAGGCAUCCGGUUCAUUUGGGUGAGAAUAUAUCAGGUCAGAAGUGGCCAUACAUCUCCACAGGCUCUUCUGCUUUUGUCAGCAGUCCUGAUGCUGACAAUUUUGUCAAUGAAUUACUCACUGUGUAUGAGUGUGGUCUCACAAUACGCAACAUUUGGCUCACAAACAUUCUGCGACCGCCUGCCAAGUCUCGAAGGACAAUCGAGUUGCUCGGAUCAAAAGCAUCUCAUCAAGCGAUGUUCUGACACAGCCAACAAUAUAGCUGCAAAGCGAAAUUGCACGCCUAGUGUCACUAGCACAUUUGUUAAUCAAAUCGCAACACAGUUUCCUGUCUUCGGUGUGAUACUUUUCUGGUCUCAAUACAUUUUUAUAGGGGUUUACGCUCUCGUCCUUGUCAUGUCAAUCGUUCGACCUCUCAAACAUGACGAAAGUUCACUUGAUGAAGAAGCCGAGGAAGCCGAAGAGGAGAAUCUCCUAGCAAGCACCAGAGGACGCAGCGACGCCGGAUUGAACAAUGUUAUUCGAAGGAUGGACAUGCACAAUGAUAGCAGAAGUGUGAGAUUAUAA